AUGGAUACAGCAGUCAAUUCGCCCUACCGAGAGCCCCUCGUGAAGUACACGAAGGCGCUUCCCAGUACACCAAUAGAAUUGAAAGAUUCUCAGCAAACAAUCAUGUCAAAAACCUUGCCUUCUUUGCCAGCAAGAACGAGCUCUCUGCCGGAGAGGAAAAGCUCAAGAGCAAUGUCAAUUCCACGUCGAGCCGUUGGGAGUACUCCAAUUGCGUCGAAAAAGUCUUCCAUUGCGAGCAUAUCAUCUUCGGGUUACUCUGGUUCUGUCCUUUCUCGAACUUUGUCCGGGGGUAGCAACUUUACCAAAGAUUCACUCAGCUAUACUGAAUCGGAGUUUCGAAAAACUCCUCCGAUACCAGAGCAAGACGAACAGAACCACGUAUCUCCUACGACACCAAGAAAGGAUAUAGGAAGUCCAAGAUCUUUAUCAAGUUUGAAAUCUUCUCCAACGCAAGAAAUUUGGAGGAGAAGAUCGUUAGUGACCCAGAAGGGAAUUGAGUUUCCUGAUUUGAAACUUCUAAAGAGUAACGGCUCAACGGCAAGUCCUCCUUCCAAAAACGGCAACUUGGCACUCGAUCGUUCCUUGCCCAAACUACCAAGUCAGGUUCUCCGAUAUAGAGAGCUUUCUGAUCGAGAACGAGGUCUCAUACCUGCUCGUGAAGCACCGCAAGCACCAGCAGUACCGCCGAUGGGCGCAAAGAUUUCGAAGCUGAAAGACAUCAGCAAACGAAAAGCCACAGAUCAGUCUCAUGAAAUCAGGGGGCAUGGCGAAUUUAACACUAACCAGUCUGGAGAUCUUGGAGAAGGGCAUACGUCACAGUCGACAAACGCACCAUACUCGCCUCAUGGAGGUCUGCCAACACCAGAAUAUUUAAGAUCGGAUGAAGAUCAAAGUCAACCAUCUACACCACAAGUAUUUUCACCGACUACACCACCCAGCGAUCUAUCAUCCGCAACCCAAGUACCAAUAAAGUCGGAUGCUAAUCACACUCAAAUUAUUUCCGUUGCAACAGCGAGCGAUCGAUCAAUUUCGCAACAGUCUCCACUCAUGCCUAAUCUUCUUCACGGCAACCACUCUCGGAGUCCCUCGGAAACUUUGACCAUCACAUCUCCCCUGGAUGUCGUCCGGUCACCGCAACCCCAAAAGCCACAUGCCACCAAAACUAUCCUUACACCUCAGCCCUCACCUCCAGCUGAAUCGGCAACCUUCUCGCCAUCUAUUACAUCCACGACCCCAACUGUUACAACAAACCCACAUUCCCGUGAGACCUCUCGAACAACUACCUCUCGUGCAACGUCUCUCUCUUACUCUUAUUUCCCUUUAUCGCCUUCCUCACUUCCUGCUCCUGGAACAAUUCUACCAGCUCCUCCCAUUACAUCACAACAUAUUGAUUGCUUUCAAAGUCACAGAUUUAUGCGGCGAUCACGAAAUAAUUUGUGUCCACUCCAAUGCCAAACUUGCUCGAAGGGAGACUAUGAACAACAAUGGAAAUGUACAUGGUGCUGUUUAAGGGUAUGUUCUGACUGCAUGGCUGUUUUGGCAACAGUACGAAAAGAUUUAGGCGCUUUCUUGAAAUUGAUUGGAAAGGAUACGCCGAAUGAAUCCGAUGGCAAGACGAUGAUGGUCGAGAAAGAUAUCGGUGAGAGAAGUGGAACUGUGAAUCAGGAGAAUGAGAAUCAUCAAGUGGGUGUUGAAGCGUGA